AUGUCAGGCAAUCGUCGAAAAUCAACAGAGGAUACGCUGUUUGACAUUGAUUUCAUGGAUGAUGAGUUUCCGCUCAACAACGCUGGUCAAUCCAACAAUCCCUUUGUCGAUAGGCAAGUUGUGGACCCCGAGUUUGAUUUGCUGGCUGAUUUAAGACAUGGGGUGGUACGGCAAGAGACUAUGGAUUGGGAUAAACCGCUUACAAGAAUGGAGCGGGAAGACGACAUCGAAAACGACGUGGUGGAGAACCCAUUCUUGAACGAAGAACACACCUACGAACUUAGCCAGCAACUGCACGCACAACCAUCUCAACCCAAUGGUUUCAAAAGGGCUGUUCAAAAUAUAAAAAGCGGACUGGGGUUCAAGAGUAAGGGUGCGAGCAAUGCCUACCAAGGGUUUGAAAUGCACAGCUACGACGAUUCAGGCCACGACGAUAGAUAUGCAAGGUCGAGAAACAAGUUUGAUAUAAAAAUUCUCUUCAAUCGCUAUAUCCUUCGUCGACGUGGUGAUCAAGAAGGUGACACAAGCGCCCCUCGCGUAAUUUUCAUCAAUGAUCACGAAAGCACCGCGGCCCAAGGCUUUGGUGAUAAUCAUAUUUCCACCACAAAAUACAAUAUGGCUACGUUUCUACCAAAAUUUCUCUUCCAAGAAUUUUCGAAAUAUGCUAACUUAUUUUUUCUAUUCACAUCGGCUAUUCAGCAAGUUCCCAACGUCACACCAACUAACCGCUAUACCACCAUUGGAACGCUAUUGAUUGUUUUGAUUGUGUCCGCUGUUAAAGAAAGUGUUGAAGAUUUGAAGAGAGCGAAAUCUGAUAGAGAAUUGAACGACUCGAGGGCAGAGGUCUUUUCUGAAAGGCACAAGCAGUUUGUCACCAACAAAUGGGUCAAUAUUUCUGUUGGGGACAUCAUAAAAGUAAACUCAGAAGAGCCCAUUCCUGCUGAUAUAAUAGUCCUAUCGUCUUCGGAGCCCGAAGGGCUUUGUUACAUUGAAACCGCAAAUUUAGAUGGUGAAACUAAUCUUAAAAUCAAACAAGCCAAGGUAGAGACAUCAAAAAUCCUUGACACUGAACAUCUCUCUAGAUUAAAGGGAAAGCUUCUCUCGGAACAACCAAAUUCUAGUCUAUACACCUUCGAGGGGACGUUAAGUCUAAAUGGUAAAGAUUUACCUUUGACCCCAGAACAACUGGUAUUGCGUGGUGCAACGCUUCGAAACACAGCUUGGAUUUAUGGGCUUGUCGUAUUUACGGGACAUGAAACCAAGCUUAUGCGCAAUGCUACUGCUACUCCUAUUAAGAGAACCGCUGUCGAGCGAGUCAUCAACAUGCAAAUUCUUGCCCUAUUUGGAGUUUUAAUCGUUUUGGCGCUGAUAUCUUCUAUAGGUAACGUUAUCAAGGUUACCAGUGAUGCUAAGCAUUUGUCAUAUCUCUACUUGCAAGGUACCAAUAAGGUCGGAUUGUUUUUCAAAGAUAUUCUAACAUAUUGGAUCUUGUUUUCUAAUUUGGUACCCAUUUCUUUGUUCGUCACCGUCGAAAUGAUCAAGUACUACCAGGCAUACAUGAUAGGAUCAGAUCUUGAUUUAUACGACGAAUCUACAGAUACGCCAACCGUGGUACGUACAUCUUCUUUGGUGGAAGAACUUGGCCAAAUUGAAUAUAUAUUCAGUGACAAGACCGGGACUCUUACCAGAAAUGUUAUGGAAUUCAAAUCUUGCUCCAUUGCAGGCAAAUGCUACAUUGAAGCUAUUCCAGAAGAAAAUAAUGCGAGAAUGGAAGAUGGUAUAGAAGUUGGGUAUAGAAAAUUUGAUGAAUUAAAGGUCAAACUUGAGAAUACCAAUGACGCUGAUUCGCAAGUCAUCAAUGAAUUUUUAACUUUACUCGCAACCUGCCACACCGUAAUUCCCGAGUUCCAGGAGGAUGGGUCCAUUAAAUAUCAAGCGGCAUCACCUGAUGAAGGUGCUUUGGUUGAGGGUGCAGCCAUCUUGGGUUACAGAUUUAUCAUUCGUAAGCCUAGCUCCGUGUCAAUUAUAAUAGAAAGCACUGGCGAAGAACAAAUUUACGAAUUGUUGGAUAUAUGCGAGUUCAAUUCUACGAGAAAGAGAAUGAGUGGAAUUUUUAGAAUGCCGGACGGUAAGAUCAAGUUGUUUUGCAAGGGUGCCGACACCGUCAUACUUGAAAGACUUAGCCCCGAGAAGAACCCAUACGUUGAAUCCACUAUGCGCCAUCUGGAAGAUUACGCCGCAGAAGGGCUAAGAACGCUAUGUCUUGCAACGAGAACUAUAACUGAGACAGAAUAUGUUAAGUGGAAGGCAUUAUACAACGCAGCUUCUACCACGCUCGACGAUAGAGCGCAACAAAUGGAGAAUACUGCGGAGCUUAUUGAAAAGAAUUUGACUCUAAUUGGUGCCACAGCCAUCGAAGAUAAGCUACAGGAUGGAGUUCCAGAUGCAAUACAUACAUUGCAGGACGCUGGAAUUAAGAUAUGGGUUCUGACCGGUGAUAGACAGGAAACUGCAAUCAAUAUUGGCAUGAGUUGUCGGCUAUUAAGCGAGGACAUGAACUUGUUGAUUGUGAACGAGGAUAAUAAGGAAUCCACUAGGAGAAACUUGACGGAAAAACUGAAGGCCCUUGGCGACCACCAAAUAUCUCAGCAAGAUAUAAAUAGCUUGGCUCUGGUAAUCGACGGAAAGUCUCUAGGAUUCGCUCUUGAAAGCGAUCUAGAAGAUUACUUCCUUGCGCUUGGAAAGAUCUGUAAAGCAGUUAUAUGUUGCCGGGUUUCUCCUCUCCAAAAAGCGCUUGUUGUAAAAAUGGUAAAAAGAAAGACCAACUCGUUGCUACUUGCGAUUGGCGAUGGUGCAAACGAUGUCAGCAUGAUUCAGGCAGCCCAUGUCGGUGUUGGUAUCAGCGGAAUGGAGGGCAUGCAGGCCGCGCGGUCAGCAGACUUUGCCAUUGCUCAGUUCAAGUAUCUGAAAAAGCUGCUACUAGUGCACGGAUCGUGGUCAUACCAAAGAAUCUCGCAAGCAAUCUUGUACUCUUUCUACAAGAAUAUUGCAUUGUACAUGACUCAGUUCUGGUACGUUUUUGCCAAUGCCUACUCCGGACAAUCGAUCAUGGAGUCUUGGACUAUGACGUUCUACAACGUGUUUUUUACCGUUCUUCCCCCUUUCGUUAUGGGUGUUUUUGAUCAGUUUGUCAGUAGCAGGUUACUAGACCGAUACCCCCAGCUUUACAAGUUGGGGCAAAAGGGUCAAUUUUUUUCGGUGACCAUCUUUUGGGGUUGGGUGGUCAAUGGGUUUUACCAUUCAGCUGUGACAUUCCUAGGAUCUUUUCUCAUCUAUAGAACCGGUAACGUUUUGAAUUCUCACGGCCAGACAGCAGAUCAUUGGACGUGGGGUGUAUCAAUUUACACCUGCAGUGUGAUAAUUGUGAUUGGCAAAGCCGCCUUGGUUACCAACCAAUGGACUAAAUUCACUGCAUUAGCUAUUCCAGGUUCUCUGGCGUUCUGGCUUGUUUUUUUCCCAAUAUACGCGAGCAUCUUUCCCCAUGCCAACGUCUCAAAAGAAUAUUACGGGAUCGUUUCACAUGUUUAUGGGUCGGCCACAUUUUGGUUAAUGUGCAUAGUAUUGCCCUUUUUUGCCCUGCUUAGGGACUUUGUCUGGAAAUACUACAAGCGGACUUACACCCCGGAAAGCUACCAUGUUGUUCAAGAAAUGCAAAAAUAUAACAUCGGUGAUCAUAGACCACGCAUUGAACAGUUCCAAAAGGCUAUUCGCAGAGUAAGACAAGUUCAGAGAAUGAAGAAACAACGAGGCUUCGCAUUUUCCCAAAGUGAAGUGGGAGGGCAGGACAAAGUAAUAAGAAUGUACGAUACAACUCUGAAAAGAGGUGUUCAUGGCGAACUACAAGAUGCGUCUGCGAACCCAUUCCAUGAUUGA